AUGGCGAUGCCCACCACUUCCUCCGCUUCCCCAUGCCAGGCACCGUCGCCCUCCCCCGCCAGGCUGGGCCUCCCGCUCGUCAGCUCCCCUGGCGCCCGCGCCAGCAUCCUCGCCUUCAGCCGCCUUCUCCGCCCCCGUGGCGCCGUCAUUUCGACGCCCACUGGUUGUCUGUUUCUUGGUCUUCCCAAGUCGUGCUGUUCUAUCUCAGCCUUUGGUGAUGUGGCAGCGGUUUCUGAUGAUUAUGUAGAAAGCUCACCAUCAAGCAGUGGAUAUCUGAAUAGUGCUAUGGAUACUUCAUUUCAUGAAGAUAAUCAAUCAGAAAGGGCUGUUAAGAUGAACGAAAACACCAGAGACAAUAACAAAAUGAUUAAAAUAUGCGAUAAGUUAAUUGGUGUAUUUCUGGUGGAUAAACCUACACCAACGGAUUGGAGAAAAUUACUAGCUUUUAGCAGGGAAUGGGACAACAUAAGGCCUCAUUUCUUUAAACGCUGCCAGGAAAAAGCAGAUACAGAGCUGAACCCUGAAAUGAAGCACAAUCUUCUCAGACUUUGUAGAAAACUUAAAGAGAUUGAUGAGGAUGUACAGAGGCAUAAUGAACUUCUUGAAGUAAUAAAAUCCACACCAUCUGAUAAACUUGGUGCUAUAGUUGCUAAGCGGCGUAAAGAUUUCACAGUGGAAUUCUUCAACCACCUUUACUAUGUUGCAGAGUCUUAUCAUGAUGAACCUGAAAAACAAACUGAGUUGGCAAAGCUUGGAAAUGAUUGUGUAGAUGCCCUACAAGCUCAUGAUGAUACAACAGGGAGUCUUGAAGCUUUGAAUGCUGCAGAAUUGAAGUUAAAAGAUAUACUUAAUUCACCUUCGGUGGAUGCUGCUUGCAGAAAGAUUGAUGAUUUGGCUGAGAAGAAAGAACUGGAUUCUGCAUUAGUGUUGAUGCUUUCGAAAGCUUGGUCAGCUGCAAAGGGCACUGACAUCACGAAAUCUGAGGCAAAGGAUAUAAUGUUUCACCUAUAUAUGACUGCGGUGGCCAAUCUCCAGAGACAAAUGCCGAAGGAUAUCAAAAUACUGAAACAUCUUAUAAUGAUAGAGGAUCCAGAAGAACGGUUAAGUGCACUUAAUGAUGCUUUUACUCCUGGUCCUGAACUUCAAGGGGACAAUGUUGAUACAUUAUACACGAGUCCAGAGGCGUUGCACACUUGGGCAAGAGCAAUAGUUGAUGCAUAUUAUAACAGCAGAGAAGGCACUCUCCUUGGGCAAGCAAAAGACAUGAUGAAUCCUAAAAUCAUUAAGAGAGUCGAAGAGAUAGUGAAGAUAAUCAAGGACAAAUACCUUUAA